GUGCAACCCUCUCACACUUCUUUCUUGAUUCAUUCAUUCAUUCACUCACUCACUCGAUCACUUACUCACACCUGACACUGUCCACUUUCAUCUUCUCCCAUUUUUCCCUCUUUCUCACCUUCAGACCACACCCCAUAUUUCCCUCGCUUUGUCCCCCCUUUGUCUUAUUACCAUCUCUUGUUUUAAACCGCCUUCACACCUUUCCUGUACCAAGCGUCAAACAGAGUCUCGCCUACCUUUUGACUCUUCGAGAACACAAACCUCAAACACUCACGCACACGUGCCUCUCGUUCCUCGAUCGUUACCGGAAUCGGGCCCUUCGAUCGCGACCUUGACUGGCCUUCGAGAGAAUACCCAACCAUCCUUGACCAUCCACACCCUCGCUUCGCGCCCUCGAGCCUUCGCAGGACGUGUCUCGAUUGUUUCAACAUCUUUGUCCCGUUGUCCACCUCGAAUCUGAACCUUCCCCUUCAUAUAUUACUGUCAAGAUGCGGUCUCUCACCGUAGUCUUUUUCAGCUUGCUCUGUGCAUCCGCCGUCUCGGCCGAUCCGCUAGACGAUGCUAUUGCCCUGUUCAAACGACAGAAUGUACCGUUGUCUACCGGCAGUUCCGACUCUAGCAGUUCCUCUGAUAGUACGUCUGCGUCUACCUCUCCAACCAGCAGCGAUGGCGGCGACUCGACUACUUCUGUUACCGUUACGAGCGAUACCACCUCUGCGAGCACCGAGACCACGUCUUCCACAAUCACUCUUCCCCCAUCCACAUCGUCUUCAGUAACUGUCGUGACGACUACAUCUACGCAUACCCCUUCCUCGACUUCCUCCUCUGAUAGUUCCUCGGACCUAUCCACCUCUACGGAAACCAGCACAUUUACUCCCUCAAGGACUCUGAUCACUACAAGUUCGCUCUCAGAGGUCGUUACUACAAUCACAAGUGUCAGUGCAGGAAGCACCGUGCAUCUUACUAGCACCGGCAGCAGCCUCGUCCCAGUCACAACCAGCGUUGAUCCUGCUUCUCUGACGGGUGGAGGUGGCAAAGGCGGCAGCUCUGGCCUCAGUGAUACAGCCAAGGCCACUAUUGGAGGUGUUGUGGGUGGCGUCGGCGGUGCUUUGUUGCUUGCUGGAUUGGCAUACACUGCCUGGAGGAUUUGGGGCAAGAAGAAGAACCUUCACGACGACGAUCUCUACGACCCCAACCUCAACCAAGACAAACUCAGCGCCACCACAGGAUCUGACUCUACGCCAUUCCGUUCCACGCUGGAUCAAUACCAUUCACCAGGGCCUGUCAACACCGCGUCAAACUUUUAAAACCCGCGGGUCACUGAAUCAACACAUUGACGAUCGUUAUGACAGUACUUGGUCUUCAACUUUUAGCGAAACAGAAACGCUACGCGUAGAUCGUUCUUCACCAAAACAUCAUCACAGCAAACCGCCCACCCGGAUCUAGCCGAGAGGGCAAUUUACAGUGAACACUGCUGCUUCCAAUGUAGUAAGGGGCUUUAAUUUGUGCUGGCUAGCACUUAUUUUCACCAUUGUCCUAUCUUGUCAGAAGGUGUACAUAGGAUAUGGGAAAUCGGGGCUAGGCGUGGUCGGAGGCAUUGGCUAGCUAGAGAUACAAAUUUCCCUUUUGUCAUGUACCAUUUCCCUUUCAAAACUUCACCUUUGAUGCGCGUCAAUUGAGAGUUCGCGGUAGUCUGAGCUCUGUUUUGGCUUAGGCAAAUCGAGAAUCCGACGUCUUCAUGAGGAGGAUUUAGCCGUACGUGACCCACAAUCCAGAGACUUACGUAUGUGCGAG